AUGUCGAUCGUGACGCUGCAGCUCGGGCAAUGCGGCAACCAGCUCGGCUACGCGCUCUUUGACAAGCUAGCGACCGAGCUCGAGGCGCCGCUGGAGAUGGACAUCUUCUUCCGCGGUCCGUCGCCCACGGCGCGGGCAGUGCUCAUCGACAUGGAGCCCAAGGUGGUCGCGCAAUGCCAGGAUCGUGCGGCAGCGACGGGGCGCUGGCAGUACGACCGCAACAACAGCGUGUGCCACCAAAGCGGCUCGGGCAACAACUGGGCGCACGGCUACACGGUGCACGGAGCAGCUAGCGCCGAGGCCAUUCUCGAGGUUCUCCAGCGCGAGGUCGAGCACUGCGAUUACUUCAAGGGCUUUCACGCAAUCCAGAGCCUUGCCGGUGGCACGGGCUCUGGACUGGGUUCGUUCGUCGCAGACCUUCUCCACGACCACUUUCCGACGGCGCAUCGCCUCCACACGGUCAUUUGGCCCUACGACGCCGGCGAGAUCAUCGUGCAGAACUACAACACACUGCUCACCAUGGCGUGCCUCUCCGAGUCGUCGGACGGGAUUCUCUUGCUACAGAACGACAUGGCUGACCGCGCGUGCCAGAAGCUGCUCACGAUCCCCAAACCGUCGCUCGACCAGAUGAACCACGUGCUUGCGAAUCACAUUGCGUCCAUCUUGCUGCCUGCUACUGCUGCCGGUGUACGGCGUGAGAAAAGAAAUAGUAUCAAGGCGCGCUCCGCGUGCAUGCUGCCAACCAUCUUGCGCGAGCUCUGCGCACACCCCGGCUACAAGCUCCUCGACACGAAGCUCGUGCCGCAGCUUUCGAGGCGGUCCCGUGAGUUUAGCACGCAUCAGUGGUCGGGGAUCCUCAAGCACUUGCACCAGAUGCAAAUCGCCAACUGCAGCCUCGACGAAGGCAUCAACUGGGGCAUCUCGCUAGAGGCGUCGCCACGAAAAGAAGUGAAUCAAAGCAUCGGGAACCUCGUGUUCUUGCGCGGCCCCGAGAGUGCAACGGUCGCCACGCGGGCGCUCGAGAGCUUUGCCGACCCACGCAUGUAUGCACCGUGGGCACAUGCGAGUAGCCACGUCUUUGCCUCUCCGCGACCCUUUAGUCAGUACGACAAGGCGGCCGCACUCGUCUCGAACUCGCAGGCGAUGCUGCGCCCGCUCUCGAGGAUGGUCGAGAAGGCCCACUGCAUGUACGCCUCCAAGGCGUAUGUCCACCAGUAUGCAGCGCACAACGUUGACGCCGAGUUUUCGAGUCGUGCUUCUUGCGGCUCGACCAGCUCGUCGCCAACUACGCAAGCCUGUAG